CUGUACCGUCGUUAGUACGCAGGUUUCUCGCGUCACACUUAAACGCCAGUCGGCAGUUUGGCAACGGAACGCUCCCCGCGGCCGCAAUAAUGUCGCGCGCCGUGCUUUUUAUUAGUGUUUUUACCAUAUUUUUGGACGUCCUCCAUGCUGGCCAGGUGAGUGAGCCGAGCGGGGGCAACCCUUCGACUACCGCCCGCACACAGGCAAGCAGCGGGGCGGAGCCGCAAGUGGCGGUCCUCUGCGAGGCCAGCUCGACGUACCACCCGCAGUACAUGUCCGCUGCUGGCCGGUGGACGCCCGAUCUCACCACCAAACCGCACAACUGCUUGAAGGACAAGAUGGAGAUUCUCGACUACUGCAAGAAGGUGUACCCAAGCCACGACAUCACGAACAUCGUGGAGGCGUCCCACUACGUGAAGGUCAGCAACUGGUGCAAGCUGGGCUCCGGCAACGCCGCCAAGUGCAAGGUCACCAGAUGGGUCAAGCCUUUCCGUUGUCUUGAAGGUCCAUUCCAAUCGGAUGCUCUGCUGGUUCCGGAGAGCUGUCUCUUCGACCACAUUCACAACCAGAGCCGCUGCUGGCAGUUCGCCCGCUGGAACGCCACUGCAGGCCGCGCCUGCGCGCAGCGUGGUCUCCGCCUGAGGACCUUCGCUAUGCUCCUGCCUUGUGGGAUCAGCUUGUUCUCUGGAGUCGAGUUUGUGUGCUGCCCGAAGCACUUCAAGGAGAACGUGAAAAUGCAUAAGCCCAUGGACGUCGGCGUGCCCGUGAGCCCGGGAGGCGAGGAGAUGCUGGCGGCCUCAGCGGCCAUGGACGAGCGGGACGAUGACUUGUUGGACGACGAUGACGCGCUUGAUGAUGAUGACGAUGACGACACUCUGAACCUGAGCGAUGACGAUGAUGACGAUGCUGAUGACGACAUGGAUGAAGAUGAAGACGCGGAUCUAUCUAGAGACGAUGACAAUGAGGACGAUGAUUAUACAGACGGUGACGACAACGCCUGGCCACGGCCCGAGUCCUCGUCCGCACCAUCCACCACCCCCACUACUACUACUACCACUACCACCACCACGGCGUCUACGGCAACAUCUGACCCGUACUUCUCUCACUUCGAUCCGCGCACCGAACACCAAAGCUACAAGGAUGCUCAGCAGCGCCUUGAGGAGACCCAUCGUGAAAAGAUCACCAAAGUGAUGAAGGAGUGGUCUGAACUUGAAGAGCGAUACCAGCAGAUGAUGACUUCGGACCCCAGCUCCGCGCAGACUUUCCGGCAACGCAUGACCGCUAAGUUCCAGGCUAACGUGCAGGCUCUCGAGGAAGAAGGCGUGGCCGAGCGCCGUCGGCUUGCAGCCCUGCAUCAGCAGCGUGUCUUAGCGCAUCUCGCACAGCGCCGGCGCACCGCUCUUGCCUGCUACACGCGCUCAUUGCGAGACACGCCACCCAAUGCCCACCGCGUCCAGAAGUGCCUGCAGCGCCUCGUGCGCGCGCUGGCGGCCGAGCGCAGCGGCGCGCUGGCCGCGUGGCGCCGCGCCGCCGCCGCGGGCCGCGAGGCCGCCGCCGCCGAGCGCGCCAGCGCCGCCGACAGGCUACAGGACGCCGACCGAGCCCUGCAACGCGCUUUAUCCUCCCUGCGCCGACGCCCACAUCUGUACAACAACAUUGGCACUGCAAUUGAGGAUUACGUUCAGUCCAUGCAAUCCAAAGACGACAUGGCCGUAUCUCUUAUGUCAAUGACCCCCGAGGCCGAAGAGCUGCUUCUGGACCGCAUCGAGGCCGAAGUGCAAAGGGAACAAGCCGCCAGGGAACAGCUGAGCGCCAAGAGAGACCAGCGCACCCGUCAGCGACAAGAUAUUCAAGAAGAAAGGGCUAGGACCUCCAACGGCGUGAAAGAGAUAGAAGAGACCGACGACGAAGCGAGCGAGGUCGUCGACUCGGAGGAGACUACCCUCGCGCCCACCACGCAGGCGCCGCUGCCGUCCUCCUCGCACGCCCCGGCCGCGUCGUCCGUCUCUGUCCACGACAUCACCACCCGUGCUGCCUACACACAGGAGACAACCACUACUGAGGUCAUUACCAGCACGGUCACGGAGGUACCCGAGGUCGAGACUGGCGAGACCGACGUUGUGGGCGAGACAUCCAGCCGACGAUCCACUAGCGAGACGGAAGGCGAGGGACUGCGGGCAGCGUUGGAACAGGCGGAGGAGCACGCGCCGCCGCCGCAGGCGCACGCGCUCAAGCACGAGGUGUCGCAUUCUCAACCUGGAUACACGAUCCGCAGCUCGGGCAACGGCGGCAGCGGCGCGCUGUACCCGGCGCUGUGCGUGGGCGGCGCCGCGCUGGCGGCCGCGGCGGCCGUCGCGCUGGCCGUGGCGCGCCGCCGCGACCGGCAAGCCCCGCAGGGCUUCGUGCAGGUGGAGCAGACCGGCGCCGUGGCCCCGACCCCCGAGGAGCGGCACGUGGCCAACAUGCAGAUCAACGGCUACGAGAACCCGACCUACAAGUACUUCGAGGUCAAGGAGUAAGCGGCCGACAUCCCCUCCCGCCCGGGUCGCACCGUCUCGUGGAUCGUAUCAGUAGCUUAUACGUUUUAGCCCGUGCCAUAUUUAUGAUCCGAUCGCUUGAUCCGACCGGUCAAACGUCUGUCGACAAGACUACUAGAUUGUCAUUUGUUUCAGACGGGCCGUCGUGUCAGGCGGUCGGACGGCUAAAUAUGGCAUUGUAAACGCAGUUUCAACCACUGCAAGGAUCAGACCUGUACAUAUCUCGAUACAAGGUCUCGUUGAGCCGAGUGUGUUUCGUAUUUUCCGAUUUGUUGUGGCGUGUGCUAGUUAUCCCUAUACAGGGUUUUUCGCCCUUCACACCUAAAUCUUUGCCCUUUAAUUAUUUAUGGAAUGAAUGUGUGUGUCCCUUUAGUACUUUAUGCCCGGUGGGAGGUUCAUCCAACAACAACACGACGGCUUUUGUAAAGUAAACUUUAACAACAUCACAGUAGGGUUCAUUUUACAAGAGAUUUUCACUUGAGAGAUGUAGGAUUUAAUCAAUACCAGCUUUAUUCUUUGGUUACUUGAGUUGAUAUUGCAAAGCUUGCGUGAUUUAGUGAACAUUGGUUUGCGGUUACUCGCAAUUUUACAGGAUAUUAUCGAGUAUCAUUUGGUAUGUGUAGUUAUUUUUGCACCAAAAUAUUUAUUAUUAUUUCAUAAGGUUAGACUAAGUUUUUGUCUAGUGUCCUAGAUACUCAUAAGUGUCACCUUGUAGUGGAGUUUUAAAUUUAAGUUUUCGAGGCCGCAGCCUCGGCGACAGUGUCCAAUGAGUAACUUACUUUAGAUCUUCUUUUGUAAUUCUAAGACUUCUUGAUACAUUUCAUGAUUGAUCUCAUUUUUUCCGUUUUCACGUAAUAUUAGUUUAGUAAUAAUGUCUUUUUCCCGUUGAACAUUGUCACCGGGGUCAGUGGAAUAAACGUCCAUGGUACGCUGUGUAAAUAGGCUCCGCGUACAAAUUCGAACCUAAAUUACUUACUCUUAAAGCCCGCUUUCCUUUACUUUUUUAACGUAGGUAGAACAUAACGUGAAUUUUAUGUAAUAAAGUGCGAAGAUAUAUUUUAAUAAUAUGUGUACUUAGCGAAGGGACGGGCGGCCAAGCCGGCGCGGGCGAGAGCUCACUCUAGUCUCCUUCUAGUCACCGUGUCUCUUCUAGUCUUGUCCUCUCUCUGUCUCCCUCGGACCCUUCGAGUCUCCGCUCUCCCCUUCCUGCUCGCCCGCGGGACAAUACUCACAGUUCCCGAGCGCCCUGUACUCAACGUGUGUUUAUAUAGGCGGACCAAUCAUCCGCUCGAAAUUUUUGAUUAUUGUAACAAUUUUGCGAAAUCAUAAAGUGAAGCUUCGUUUAUCUAGUCAACAACAUAGAGGCAUCUAGAAUAAUUCGGCAUUUUUCGGCUACGGUUGUGUACACACUUUGGGUACUCGGUCGCGAAGCAAAUAAGCUUAGUAAGUGUAUGUACGGUUAUUAUAUAAGUAGAUGUACAAAAAGUAAUACAUUAUUAUAGAUGUUUUAGCGUCAGAUACAUAGAUAUAAAGCAAAAUAUAAUUAUAUAUCGCAUUCGUCCGUUUAAAGUAAGGGCUUGCGCUCGUGUCUAAUCCCACGUACCACACUUAAUGUUACGCCGUAGUUAAGAUGUAAUUCUGCCUCAGUAUUAUAUACAUUUAAGCUUAUUUGUUACAUAAGCUAAUUUAUAUACACUAUUUCUAUUCGUUUCGGGCGUAGUGGCGUUACUACAUAAGGAAGUCAUAUCAGAAGCGCCACGGCGCUACUCGAUGCGCGCCGCAUAGUCCGAGGACGAGUGUAGCAGCAGGACGGCCGGGUGUGAGGCGACGGCAGCGCCGCGCGCGGCGAGUAGGCAAAGCGCCCGCGGCUUGUCUUACCGCAUUUACAUAAGUUACUCACUGUUUAAAACGUAAGUUAAUCCCGCAUCAAUCGCUGUGUAUUUUUAAUAAACUGGAACUUACAAGUCGACCACAUAUUUUUUUAUUGGAAAGUUUUUGCUCAAAAUCCAGCUGUCACCGUUAAAUAUCGGGUGUUUUAAAUUGAACAAGUAUUGUAUAUUCGUGGUUCGUCAAUAAUAUUUGAUGUUGGUAGAAUACCUGGUUUCUGUACCUUUCCUUGUCACUUUCAUGUAUUUUAAAUAAGUACAUUAUAAUAAAUGGUUUGAUGAUUUUUGUGUUUA